AUGCUAACACGACAAGUAAUCUUUCAAUAUAUUAUUCUGAUUUCUAUACUAUUGAAACAUUGGUUUUACAAUCUAAUCAAUCUUAUCAAAGGUGGAUCUCCACUUAAAGAUCUUUCUUCAGAAAUUAUUCUCAUCACAGGUGCUGCCAAUGGACUAGGUAGAAGUAUCGCUCAACAACUUGCUCAUUUUGGUUGUACAUUAAUUCUUUGGGAUGUUGAUGAAGUUAAUAAUGUUCGCGUAGCUCAAGAACUCAAUCAAGCUACGAAAUCAAAACAUAUUCAUGCUAUGAAAUGUGAUCUCUCAAGCAGAGAAAGUAUUUAUGAAUGUGCUAAAAAGGUUCAAGAUACUGUAGGAAAUGUAACGAUGGUAAUUAAUAAUGCAGGUAUUGUUUCUGGUAAAUCAUUAAUAGAUUGCAGUGAUGCAUCGAUUCAACGGACAUUUGAUGUUAAUGUUCUUGCACAUUUUUGGAUCUUGAAAGCAUUUUUACCAUCAAUGUUAGAUAAUAAUCAUGGCCAUAUUGUAACAGUUUCAAGUAUUGCUGGUUGCUAUGGUGUUUCAAAACUAGUUGAUUAUUGUUCAUCAAAAUUUGCUGCAGUUGGUUUGCACGAAGCAUUGACAGCUGAACUACAUAGUUUAAAUAGAGAUGGUAUUAAAACAACCCUUGUUUGUCCAACUUUUAUCAAUACAGACAUGUUUCAAGGUCUGACAAUAAAAGGAAAACGAGCACCAGUCGUCGAACCAGAAUAUAUAGCUGAUAAGAUUAUUAAAGCUAUUCGAACAAAUCAACAUACACUACUAGUACCAAACAAUGCGAUUAUCAGAAUAGUUAUUGAUAGAAUUGCACCAAUGUCAGCAAAAUUAGAGAGAAAUGAUGUAUUUGGUACCAGUCAUAUGAUGGAUACAUUUGUUGGUCAUCAAAAUAAAUUUAGUGAAAAGCAAUAG